CAUAUGGUACUUGCAUCUAAACAUUGGAACUGACUUAUUUAAAAAAGGAUAACAAAAAGUUUCUACCAAAUAUAUUUAUACAUAUGUAUUAAUAUAUAUUCUUAAAAGGCCUAACCCAAUCACCUUAAGCGAAUAAAAAAAAUGGCUACAAAUGAGCAUAAAAACUUAGCAAAUAUAGUGAAAUCGUUUCAUGAAUCCUUACGUCAUCUAUGUCAACAGCAAGGAGCACAAGAAGCUUGGAAAAAACAUGUAAAACAACGGGGUCGUCUAAAAGAAUACGCUACUGCAAUGCACAAGUUGGCACAAAUUUGGGAGGACAAGGACAACACAAGUAAAGAGGGCUUAGAAGCAAGAAGUCGUAUUAAAUGGACGAUUGAGUUUUGUUUAGCGUAUUUCUACACAGAACUUAUUUAUUUGGAGAAAAGGUCACGGGAACAACGCUUAUUGGAUUCUUGGACAGGAUUUGAUUGCUCGCAAUGUCGAUAUAUGAAGAAUGUGCCAGAAAAGAUAAAAGUCUUGGAUGUUGGUAGUUGCUUUAAUCCAUUUGCUAAAGUACCAUAUUUUGAAGUGACAGCUGUUGACUUGUGUCCAGCUACUGAUGAUGUUCUACAAACUGAUUUCCUAAAUGUUCAAGUUAAGUCAAUGGAAAAUCCUAAAGUUGGGUUGGAAAAUAAUACAGUGACCUAUUUACCGACUAUAUAUUACGAAUGUGUUGUGUUCAGUUUAUUGCUCGAAUAUAUGCCAAGUUCGGAGCAGCGCAUCAAUUGCUGCAGCAAGGCUUAUGAACUCUUAAGACCAGAGGGCAUCUUAAUUAUAAUAACGCCUGACAGUGACCACGUCGGGAGAAACGCCGCUCUAAUGAAGAACUGGCGUUACACCUUAAACUGUUUGGGUUUUAUGCGUAUACGUUUCGAAAAAUUACCACAUAUUACAUGCUUGGUUUUCCGGAAAGCAAUUGAUCCCCGCAUAUCUGAAAGAUGGUCCAUUUUACAUAAGGAAUCUUAUAUGACUUUCAGUUUAAAAAUACCACAGGAUAGUAAAUCUAAGACACUUGCUGUUCCAUCCCGAAAAAAACAGAAAAGUGCAUACUCUCCAGAAAAAUGGAAGACUAUCCUCGCGUGGAUUUGUAAAUUGAUGAAGGCGUUAUGGAUAUACCUCAAUUAUUUAUUUCAAUUUAGAAUGAAGGUCGGACACCAUAGAAACACUUAAAAACCAAUACGCUGGAGCAAAUGCAUUAUCUUCUAAACUUAACUGGGACGGUGUUGCAUGAGAUGUUAAGAGGCAGCAGCACUAAUAAAGCAGCAAUAAAAAUGUCUUCACUUUUUUAACAAAUUCUUAAAGUGAAACAUAGGAAGUAAUAAAUUAUUUUAUAAAAAAAUUGAAUUUUGGAAUUUUUGAUUAAUUUUGCGCAAUCGAGUCUACAAUAACUUCUGCUUUAUUAAAUCAAUUCAAGAUAUUACGUUAAUCAAGUGAUAUAUAAAUCAAUUUUUUAAUGUUAAAAAUAGAAGCAAGCGUAUAAAAACAGUAGAAAAAACUAAUAUCAGAGUUAUGUUUAGCAAGCGCGCCAAAUAUAAUAUAUAUAAACCUUCCCUCGUUCAGCAGAACGAGAGAGCUGGGAAACCAGUUUGAACUCUUUCCUUUCAUUACGGACGCUGUCAGAUAUGAAUUUCUUUUUUUGAUCAAUGUCAAAAUUUUUUCAAACAUUAAUUCCGGUAUUAGAUUUCUGUAGAAUUAAACGUUAUUUACGAUGUUAUUUUCUUUUCCAAGUAAAAUCUGCAACAUAUGAACGUUGUGCGGACAGGGGCAAUCAUUUCGGGCGCUGAGGCUGAGUGGCUGAGGCCGCCGGAUAUUUGCCAUAAUCGAAAUACGAUCAAGAGAAAAUCACUUACGAGAAUAUGCCUUGAUCGCAAAUACGAACAGGUAUUUGCUGUAGUAGCAGUCAGCGUAAUGGGUAUAGAUAUAAAAUUUUAACUGUCCGAUGUACGAUGUUAAUGAUACUAACAUUGAACACCGCUGUCAUAUAUGCAAUAAAACCUCUUCCAUAGCCAGAGCUCUUCGAACACAUAUCUAUCAUAAUCACGAAUGUGCCAGAAAAUUCAAAUGUACCCUUCGUGAGAAGGCAUUUAAAAGAGCUCAACAUUUAAGAGUAAGUUUUUCUCAAUUCCAAUUUCAUGUCAGCAAUCUUAUAUA